AUGGAGACAACAGAAGCGGCCAUCAGUGGGAUGUACCUUGCCACGCUGCUUUACAUCUUUCCUAAGGUGGUCAAAGACGACGAGUCAAGUCCAUUGCCCAGAAGGGAAGGACAAGCUGGCCAUAUUUCCGGGAAGAGAAAGGUCUACCUAAAGGACGACACGACUGGACAACCCUCACCCAAACCGGUGAAGAGACCAGAAAGCGCGGGAAACGCUGCACAGACGUCGUCUCCGCUCAGGGUGUUCGUGUACGACCUUCCUUCGGAAUUCAACUCCGGCCUUGUCCACUGCAUCCAGGUGAAGAAUAGAUGCUACCAGCUACAGGACUAUGGAAUGGGGUUAGAGUUUGCCCGAUAUGGGAACGUGUCGUUCAGAAGUACGCACAUGUUUUCACUCGAAGUUAUCCUCCACCAAAAACUACUGUCCAGCACCUUCCGCACACUAGACCCAGAAAAGGCCGACGUGUUCUACAUUCCCUACUACCCAGCACUUGCUGCAGCCUGUGAGCCGGUAAGCACCAUAGACAGCCCCGCACUAGACAGAGAACUAUGGCAGUUCAUCACGAGUAACUACCCUUACUUCCAGCAAGGAAAGCCACAUAUGAUGGCACUAGGCAGGAUAGAAAGGGAGCAUGCUGACGUCACAGGCGGGAUCCUAAAAACCCGGGAGUCUCGCUCGGUAACGUUCGUCGCCAUCGAGCACGAGUCGGACCCGAAGACUUUGAAGUUCAUCAGACGAAGCGGGUUGCCAAUGGUGGUGGCGCCGUAUCCUUCCUGUGGACAUCUUCUUUCUGACAACAAGUUUGGAGGAGAAUCAAAAUCCGAGAGAACUCAGUUGGACAUACCAAGAGACGUGUUGGUAUUGUUUGCCGGGAGCAGGCGAAUGUCGCACGACAUAAGGCGGAUUCUCAGUCAACAGCUUCGGCCGACAUCAGAGAAGUAUGACGCAACUUCUUCACUCAACAAGCAAAACGUGUGGGUCAUCACACAGGAGUGUAGAGACAGAAGCUGGCAGGAGAAUCUGGGUGAGUGGAUGCACCAUUCUGUUUUCUGUCUCCAGCCCCCUGGGGAUUCUCCAACCAGAAAGUCCUUCUUUGACGCCGUACAAUGCGGGUGUAUACCCGUGAUAUUCAAGUUAGACCACGAACCCGUGUAUCCAUUCGAUGACGUUUUAGACUAUUCCAAGUUUACGGUCAAAGUGACGGAUGGUGACUUUUUUCAAGAGAAACGGUCAAUCGUUGACAUCUUGCAAGAUAUUCCAGAAGCGGUGAUUGCUGCAAAGCGAGCUGAACUCCGACAGGUGACGCCACUGCUACAAUAUUCGUACCCGCCGUUACCAGAAACACAUGUACAGGACGCGUUUGACAUGAUUAUGCAAGAAAUAGGACGGACCAGGGGCGGUAGAUCUAACGUUAGACGCCGCUAUGGUAGCAAAGUAAGGAAAGUUGUUGGAAGGGGAGCGGGAGGCUGGGUUGUGCAGUAA